AUUUUGCCCAAGUCCCUCAAGAUGUUGCUCCUCUUCUUACUUUCACUCUUCAAUUUCAACCCAUCUCUGAGCCUAAAACUUUGCUCCUUCAAUGUGAGGUCUUUUGGAGAAACUAAAAUAGCCAGACCUGAAGUCGUUGAUGCCGUGGUAAAGAUCAUUUCUCGCUGUGACAUCAUGUUGCUGAUGGAAAUAAAGGACAACAAGAACCGUGUUUGUCCUCUCCUAGUGGAGAAGCUCACCAGUCAGCUGAAGGAGCCAAAGGAUGAAUACAGGUGCAUUACCAGCCAGAGGCUGGGAAGGAACAGCUACAAGGAGCAGUAUGCCUUCAUCUACAGGCAACAUCUGGUAUCGGUGAAACAAACCUACCAGUAUCCUGACACACAGCCUGGGGAUGAGGAUGUCUUCUCCAGGGAGCCCUUUGUCAUCUGGUUCCAGUCUCCAAAAACCGCUGUCAGUGAGUUUGCUAUAAUCCCUCUGCACACCACACCAGACACUGCAGUGCGGGAGAUUGAUGAGCUCUAUGAUGUGUAUUUAGAUGUCAAACAGCGCUGGAAAACCGAGAACUUCAUCUUCAUGGGAGACUUCAAUGCUGGAUGUAGCUAUGUUCCCCGAAAGCAGUGGAAGAACAUCCGGCUGAGGACUUACUCCGAAUUCAUCUGGCUAAUUGGUGACAAAAAUGACACGACGGUGAAGGGCAGCACGAGCUGCCCAUAUGACAGGAUCGUAGUCAGCGGACAGAAGCUCCUCCAGGCUGUCGUGCCACACUCUGCCAACAUCUUUGAUUUCCAGAAGGACUUUCAGAUGACUGAGGAGCAGGCACUGGGAGUGAGCGACCAUUUCCCAGUAGAGUUUGAGUUAAAAGCAAAAGGUGGCUUCUUCAACUGGCUGAGAUCAAAGUUUUCAAGGAAUAGGAGGCCAAGGAAGAGCCGCCAAUCAAGAUGAUGAUCAUGCUGAGUCCUCAUCCAUGGCAUGGAAAUACACGAAUGCCAACAGAUCUUGUGUAAAUAUACUCACAGCAAGUGGAACACCCCCCACCACCCCCAAAUAUUUUGUUAAAGUUCAAAUAUUUUGGGUGAGAAGGCAAAAUAAACCUUCAGGUUAUUUUCUUAUUUUCUGUAUGCAGAAAUAAACCAGCUAGAAGCAGCA